AUGGCCCAAGCUCGUCUCGUAGCCUUUGAGCAGCCGGCUGGCAGCAAGCAGUAUAUGUAUGUCAGUGUCACUCGUUAUUACCCUCACCGUGUCUUCCAGUCGUCGUACUUGAAACUUUCCAAGUUCGAUGUGCUGGCAAGAAGUCUAGGCAAGGCGCAGUGCCCCAGCCUCGUGAUGCAUCCACGAUCUGCCGCGUGA